UCCACAGGGUUUCCAAAAUGCCAGCAUUCCUUCGCUCUGCUGUUCAGAUUUUGUUUUCUGAAGAUUCAACAAAGCUCUUUGUGGCUUCAAAUCAAGGGUCUCUGCAUAUCAUUCGGCUGUUGGAAGGAAGCUUCAAGCACCUGCAUACUUUUCAGGCUCAGUCAGGGACAGUGGAGUCCAUGUGUCUUUUAAAGGUCAGUCCAGAUGGGAAUUGGUUAGCUGCAUCGGGCACCAGUGCUGGAGUCCAUGUGUACAAUGUGAAACGUCUAAAGCUUCACUGCACGGUUCCUGCUUACAAUUUCCCUGUGACUGCCCUGGCCAUAGCCCCCAAAACCAACAACCUGGUCAUCGCUCAUUCUGACCAGCAGAUAUUUGAAUAUAGCAUUCCAGACAAACAGUAUACAGAGUGGAGCCGGACCACCCAGAAGCAGGGGUUUCAUUACCUUUGGCUCCAAAGGGAUACUCCCAUCACACACAUCAGUUUUCAGUCCAAGAGACCAAUGCACAUUCUUCUCCACGAUGCCUACAUGUUCUGCAUCAUCGACAAGUCGUUGCCUCUUCCAAAUGACAAAACCUUACUGUACAAUCCACUUCCUCCCACAAAUGAAUCAGAUGUCAUCAGGAGGCGCACAGCCCAUGCCUUUAAAAUUUCUAAGAUAUAUAAGCCUCUACUCUUCAUGGAUCUUUUGGAUGAAAGACACUGGUGGCAGUAGAAAGGCCCCUGGAUGACAUCAUCGCUCAACUCCCACCACCCAUCAAAAAGAAGAAAUUUGGGACCUAAAACAGGGCACUGUCUGUGUCCUUCCUUGA